AGUCCUUGAGGCGCCCUUCCCUAUGUCCUCCGCGCUACUCCGUCCGGUCCCGCCUAUUCUCUGCUGCCCUGGAGCCCUUAGGCUUCUCUUGGCCGGUUUGAAGAUCAGGAAGUUUUAAGUUCCGACACGGGCUGCUGAAAGACGGUGGCUCGGGUGGGACAGUCGCCAGGGAUGGCGGAGCGUAAGGAUGGAGCAGUUGUCCGGGCUGCUCUCCUGGACGCUGAGCAGAGUCCUGUGGCUCUCGGGCCUCUCUGAGCGGGGAGCUGCCAGGCGGCCCCAGAUCAUGGAAGAGAAAGCGCUAGAGGUUUAUGAUUUAAUUCGAACUGUCCGGGACCCAGAGAAGCCCAGUACUUUAGAAGAGCUGGAAGUGGUGACGGAAGGUUGUGUGGAGGUUCAGGAGAUAAAUGAAGACUACUGUCUGGUUAUAAUCAGGUUCACGCCGACAGUGCCUCAUUGCUCUUUAGCGACCCUUAUUGGGCUGUGCUUAAGAGUGAAACUUCAGCGGUGUUUACCAUUUAAACAUAAGUUGGAAAUCUACAUUUCUGAAGGAACCCACUCAACAGAAGAAGACAUCAAUAAGCAGAUAAAUGACAAAGAGCGAGUGGCAGCUGCAAUGGAGAACCCCAACUUACGUGAAAUCGUGGAACAGUGUGUCCUUGAACCUGACUAACAGCCGUUUUAAGAGCCAUUGAACUAAGUUUUUCAUCACGCCAGCGGACACUCAGUACUCCUUCAGCAGUAACUCUCGUUCCCGCCUCCCCCGGCCCUGGAAACCACUGAUCUCCUUCUGUCUCCCUGCAUUCACCCAUUCUAGCGCUUUCAUGUAAGUGGGAUCGUACAAUAUCUGUCCUUCUGGGUCUGACUGACGUCACUCAGCAUAACGUUUUCAGGGUUUAUCCACGUCAUAGCAGGUGUCAGAGCGUCAUUUCUCCUCAUGACUGAGUAAUAUUCCACUGUGUGUAUGUACCACAUUUUGUUGAUCCUUUCAUCUGUUGAUGGACACUUGGGUUGUUUUCACCCUUUGGCUUUUGUGAAUAAUGCUGCAGUGAACACUGGCGUAUUACGCUUGUUCUUAAGCACCAUACUGGUUACAGAAGUUCCUGUAAAAUCGUCUGGACUGCCCCUGCCAAGGCUGUGCACUGUGGGAAUGCCUCAGAGGGCACAGCUCUAUCCUUGUGUGGCUCUUUCUCUUGAGAUGAUUAAAAAUGCUGCCGUCAGGGGAUCCACUGCCUGGCAUAAGGGCACUAGCUUUGUGGAAAUGCUGCUAUCAGUUCCUGAUCUUUUGCUGUGAAAGUUCUCACUGGCUCCUCUCUUUCUUCCAGAUCUUUAAAAACCUGUCACUCAGAUACCUAAAUAGAUCCAGAAGUAACACAGUGUUCCUAAUUUUUAAUAAUCGCUGUACUCACCUCUUUCUGAAUCACAAAUCCACCAGGAGAAGGUCCUCAGGACCAACACAAAGUUUCUUGCUUCACGGCAGGUCUGCGAUCCGGCACCAGGGUAGGAGCAUGUACACGUGCCUGGUGGAUGCCCUGCUGCAUGUCCUCCCACUCAGUACAGGUGUGCACACACACACACACACACACUAUUUGACCAGCUGUCUGCUUCUAGAAGAUGACAGACACCAUCUGAGGGGGAUCUGGGGUAGGCAUACAAUCCAGGGUCAAAUUCACAUUAAUCCCCAAGUUCUGCCUUUCUCGUCACUGGAGCUUUGAUGUCCUGGGGAACCUAGGAAGCCAUAUGUAGGGCUUGAAGAGCAGGGCUGUCUUUACAUCCCCUUCUCAUGGGCCCCUGAUCCAUGAAACUCCUAUUGACAAUUCCAGGAGGCUGGAAUCUGCCGAAGUCAGAGAUCCCGAGUCGUCCUCUCACCAACUCAUGCACUAAGUGGCUCUCUCAUCAACAGGUGUUAGGUGGGCACUUAUUAAGGGCGGGAGCCCUGGUGGCACAGGGGUUGAGAGCUCGGCUGCUGACCAAAAGGUCAGCAGUUCGAGUCUACCAGCCGCUCCUUGAAAACCCUAUGGGGCAGUUCUGCUUUGUCCUGUAGGGUCGCUAUGAGUUGGAAUCAACUCAACGGCAAUAGGUUUGGUUUUUUAAGGGCCAGGAACUAUCUUAGAUGCUGAAGAUACCAAGAUGGACCAGCCGCUGUUUCUGUCCUGAUUUCAUACUUACUGGUCUUGGCCUUCAGCCCCUCUCUGCUCCAGGCAGUGAAGGAUGCAGGCUCAGUCUCCAGGUGCCUGGGCUAGUCCUGGCUAAGUAGACAUGGAGGCUAGGCAGCCAGGAGCAAAGAUAAAACCAUGCUUUAGGGACUGUCUAGUGAGGACCCUACUGAUGGGUAACCAGAACUGGGUUACUACUGCAGGCAGCCCAUCCCUGCGGACCCUGCUGCUCCCGGAAGCUGGAUGUAACUGCUCUCGUCUCUGCUGUUGCCAGAAUGACCUCUCCUCUGUCCCUGCUCUUCUGUGUGACUCACUUCUUCAAAAUCCUAGGUGGGGUCUCCAUUGGCUGAGCCCACCUCGCGUGUCCAUGUCCUGGCUGCCAGGGAGGCGGCAAAAAGGAGAUUCUGGCCUUCUGAGUGGGGAGGGGGACUGUGUCUCUCAGCAAGACUCAUAUAGUGGGAAUUCCCCUAUAAAGUAAGAAAGGUCAGAUGACUACACUCCACUGCAUUUAAUAACGAUUUUAAAUAAAUUCAUACUUUAUCAGUCAUAACAGCAUCUACAAGCACAUGAAAAUAGAGGUAUAUAUAUUCACAGGUUAUCCUAUCUAGGUCAUCUCCAGCAAGGGUCGGCAGACUUUUUCGGAAAAGGGUUAGAUAGUAAAUACUUUAGGUUUUGGGAACCAUGUGGCCUCUGUUGCAACUACUCAAUUAUCAUGGUAGCGCAUAAGCAGCCAUUACAGUAUAUAACAAUGAGUGUGACUGUGUUCCAAUAAAACUUUAUUUAUGCUGAUAGAGACUGAAGGAAGCCUCGAGACUGUGGCACUAAGACACCCCUCUGACUGGAAACUGCAGCCAUUCCGGGAAACCACCUUCCAGCCAAGCAAUAGGCGGGCCUAUAAAUAAACAAUAACACCAGAAAAGAACGUGCUGUGUAGAACAAACAAUUAUACGAGACCAAAAGGGCAACAUUUGGCCAAAAGUAAAGAUGAGAAGGCAAGAAGGGGUAAGAAAACCAGACAAAAGGAAACGGGGAACCCAGGUCGGAAAUGGGGAGUGUCCACAGAGUGUGGGGAUUGCAACCAACGUCGUGGAACGGUUUGUGUACAAUUUGUUGAAUGCAAAACUAAUUUGCUCUGUAAAUUUUCACCUAAAAGACAAUAAAAUAUGGAAAAAAAAACCAU